UCUUUAGUGUCAUGUGACCUACUCAGCGGCUCGUGCACUAGUAUUGAGCUAGGAACCAAUCAUUUGUCAACAACAAUGGCGGAGAGUGGAAAUAAUACCAAGGGAAAUGAUGGGGGAUGGUGGGGAAGUUUUAUUGCUGCUGCAAAAGAGCAGUCUGGAAAAGUUUAUGAAAUGGUUAGCAAUGACCUGACUGAGUUCACAAACACCAUGCAAGCAGAUACAAAACAGGUUGUUGAAAAAACUAAAGAAACAUUACAGACUGGUACUGAAGGCACAGAGAACCUGAAUGCCACUGAUAGAAUGAAGCAAAGUUUUCACAGCCUGAUGUCAGGUAUCACCAAGGUACUUACUGUUGACCCAGAGGACACAUCACCUCCGAAGAAAACAGUGUCUCAGCCUGGAACUGGGAUAUUUGAUAGAGCUAAGGCAAGAAUGCGAGCUGUCCAGGUGGAUACAGGUACCUACCUACAGGAGCCUAGUGGACCACCAGAGAAAUAUGCUGAUUGGCUGAAAACAUUUGACCUUGAUGCUCACAAGGGUGAUAUAUCUGAACUUCUUGUUACCAUGGUGGAAGUGAGAUCACUUUAUACAUCACUGGUUCCAUCUGAAGUUUCACACCAGGAUUUCUGGAGAAGGUAUUUUUACAAAGUGCACCAGUUGCGCAUGGACGAGGAAAGAAAACAGGCUCUAAUGAAAAGAGCAGAGAGGGUAGAUGUGAAAGAGGACACUAUAGAUUGGGAUGAGGAAGAAUCUAGUGGAGAUGAAGAUGCUACACCUACCAAAAAGUCACCUGUUAAGAAAGAAGAGCAAGACUCAAGACUUCAACCAACAGUAUCCAAAGAUACAAAAACUGCACAGAAAGAAAACCCAAGCAAUGUGGAACAAACUAAAUCUGACACAAGUGAAAUUAAAGAAAAGCUGCCUGAUAAAACUGAUAAGAGUAAAUCAGCUGAAAACAGAUUAAAACAAGAAGCAGACAAUGAAACAGGUGUUGAUAAGAAAUUGAAUGAAGUGCAACAAAAGGAAACUAAGGACAUAAUUGUUGCUACCAAUAAAGAUGAAACUGAAAAACAAGAAGCAACACCCAUUCUUGAACAAACUGAAAAAGUUUUAAAGGAAGGGUUCAAACAUUUAACUGAAACAGUAAAAAUAUUUGUUACUGGAGAUGACAAGGGAGAGGAAAGUGAUUCAUGUGAUAAAAAAGAUGAUGCAGAAUCUAAGGUUACAAAAGAAGAGCCUACACCCAUUCUUGAACAAACGGAAAAAGUGGUAAAAGAAGGAUCAAAACAUGUAACAGAAACUGUAAAAGCAGUUGUUUCUGGAGAGGACACAAAAACAGAAAGUGUGUCAUGUGAUAAAGAAACGGUUGGUACAGAAGAUAAUACUAAGUACAAAGAAGAUAAUACUAAGGACAAUGAAUUGAAGACUCAAGUGAAAGGUGAUAUGGUUGUGGUUGGAGACAGAAUUUCACCAUCAUCAGAAUCCAGUGGAACUAAAGAAUCAAGUAAUGAUGACUGGGAGCAAGAUUUUGAUGUUGAUGUUACACCAGAAGAUCUUGCUGCCGCCAGUGAACUUGCCCAGAAAAUGAACGUGACUGCUACAGAGUAUAAUAAAAUAACAGGAGGGGAGGAUGAUGACUGGGAAAACUGGGACUAAAUACAACAUGGAUUCAAUACAGAAUAUAAGAAACUGGGAUUAAAUUCAUCAUUCAUUGAACACCGAAUAUUGGACACUGGGAUCAAAUUGACCAUUGGAUCAGUACAGAAAUUGGAACAUUGGACUUACUAAAUCCAUUGAUUUAACAUAAAGCAUUGGAAAAUGGGACUAAAUACAUCAUGUAUUCAGUACAGGAUAUUGUAAACUAGGAUUAAAUCCAUCAUGAAUUCAAUACUACUUUUACUAGAUAAAGGAAACUGGGACUAAAUACAUCAUGGAUUCAAUUUAUCAUUGAUUUUAAACCAUGCAAAUAUUUUAGUUGUAACAGGGAAGCUGGGAUAGAUUGUAUACAUGGCUUCUAUGCUGGCAAUUGGGAUUUACUGUGUCAUAUUUUAAAUUCAUCCAUCAGCUUGUUCAUUCUCUGAUCAGCAUAGCAAUAUAGAGGCUUGGACUAAAUAUAUCCAUGGUUAGAAUACAGUAAAUACAGGAAACUGGGAUUCAAUAGGUCAUGGUCAGGGAUCAUAUUCUGGUUAUCAUAGCAUAUGUAAUGUAGGGGCCUGGACUGAAUAUAUGCGUGGAUUCAAUACAGAUAACACAUAAAACUGGAAUAUAUGUUUCAUGGGUUUAUCAUGGUGCUCAUCACCACACCUGGUUACCAUGGAAAAGUGGGACUUAACAUAACAUUAAUUGACCAUGACAAUAACUUUAUACAAAAAAAUCGAAAAGGAAAUGCAAGAUAAGACAUUUUGUUCUAAUUAAUCUUAUUUCCUAUUGGUGAUUUGAAAGUAGGUAAAAUAGGUUAAAUGCAUCAAAAAUUGAUUUUGUUUACUGAGUUACCACUAUUUGUUACUGAAACAAGUAUGUUCAUAAGUAUAUUGUUGGAUGAGAGUUGGCCAAAUGGAUAAGAUAUGGGAACAUCCGAGACCAACUUGCAUGAAAAUACAUAGAAACUGAGCAAGUAUGAAUCUGUAUACACUAAAUAUCAUCAAAGAUGUUUCAGUAUCAAGAAUUUAAGAUGGAAACAUUGUAAAAAAGUAAAGAUAGUAUUCCGAAUAAAUGUCUUCUUGCAGUUGAAAUAAUAAAUUUGCUGUUUGUCUUUUUUCUUAAUUUUCUGUUAUUUUUAUGUUACUCGUUAACUGCUUACUACUCAUUUAAAGAUUUAGAUUUAUUUUGCUGUUAUUUUAUGCAUUGUACAUUUGAAUAAAAUAUAUAAAUUUAUAUUUAUUUUGCUGUUACAUUUGAAGGAAAUGUAUGGUUACUUAUUUAAAGAUUAAUUAUUUGUGGUGGACCAGAAUGUUAUUGUAUAUUUGCUUGUAUUCUGUAAAAGCAAGUUUACACAACAAGGGAUGACACAAAUGUUUUGGUGGUAUUAUAUAACUGACUACUGUAACUGGAAUGAUUAAAAUUUCAUAUGAUUAACUUCCUUAAGUUACAUAACCAAAUUUUAAUAUUUCCCUAAAAUUGUUUGGUUACUCAAAUACAAUUACUGAAGAAGGAAUUUAUCCUUUAGAAAGGAUGUUUUUACUUUGAGUUUAGGAAAUGCUUUCAAAAAUACUAAGUUUUCAAAAUAAAUUUGAUUUCACAGUUUGAUUUUUAUGUUAGUGUAAAAAAAGUUGUCUGAUGCAUUCAUAAGGUUUGUGAAAUUCUGAAAAGUUUGUGCCAGCCCUUUUGUGUAGGUUCUUGCAUAUACCAGUGUUACUUUAUAUUUCUUUGUAUUGUACAGUUGUUUUAUUUAAAACAUAUGCAUAUUAAUAUACUCAAGGACUUGAAAAAGGCCUCUUGUAUGAAUGGCAAAUAUUUCAUUUUUAUAUCAACCCUGUAAGAAUAUUCAUUAAGCAAUGGCUUAUUUAAGUAAAACAUGACAAUAAAUACAAUGUACUUAAGGUAGCAUGCUUCAUAAACUCCAUUAGCUUAAGCAUUUAUUAAAUUUUCUUCACAAGUAUUUUACAUAAUAAAGUCAAUAUUAAUUAAAUAAAACUUCAAAUUAAUCCACUUUUUAGCUCACUUUCAGCACAAUGUGCUCAAGAUGUGCUAUUGCGAUACCUUUCUGUCCAUUGUUGUUGUUGUUAGUCAGCAACAAUUUUACUGUUAACACAAUUUUGGAAAAUCUACCUGAUACUUUUAUCAGAAUGUUUGCCUGAACAAAAUAUUGGAGGAGUACAAAAGUGGGUCAUCUGGGGUCAGAAACUAGGUUACUAGGUAAGAUCAUAGAAAAACAUUCACAGGCCAUAUUUCUACCAGAUUUAAAUAACAACUGGUCUGAAUGUUGGUCUUUAAUAAAUCUAGGUUGGGUAUGAAGUGGGUCUUCUGGGGGUCAUUAACUAGGUCACUAGGGCUAAUCAUAGAAAGUGUACAAUUUAGAUGUUACAGUUAACUGUUACUGCUGGAGCUGUAUGAAAGUGGGUCAGCUUGCUUGUUUUUAUUCAUCUGAUGAGUGAUACAGGGCUUUUUGGCUUUUGUUUCUAAAAUUUAGUUUCUUGCUUGUUUGUUUUGGGUUUAACGCCGUUUUUCAACAAUAUUUCUAUUUUCAGUCAUGUAACGGCGGGCAGUUGACCUAACUGGUGUUCCUGGAUUCUGUACCAGCACAAACCUGUUCUCUGCAAGUAACUGCCAACUUCCCCACAUAAAUCAGAGGUGGAGGACUAAUGAUUUCAGACACAAUGUCGUUUAUCAAAUAGUCACGGAGAAAUACACCCCGCCCGAGGAUCGAACUCACGACCCCACGAUCUGUAGACCAACGCUGUACCCGCUGAGCUAAGCGGGCGGGUCUAAAAUUUAAUGAUUAAUUGUUGCUUAUAGGCUUUGAUUUAUGCUGUGUACUUCAGGCUUGUAAGGACCACAGAAAGUAUUACAGACCUCAUUCUCUCACUGUAUGUAUAACUAUACAAAGCCAACUUCUCAAAUAAUGGAGUCACUUAUGUUAGCCUGUUACUGGUAGUUAAUUUUUCUGUUAUCAAGGCUGGAAGAUGUUCUUAUACAUCUCAGAUCAUGAUAAGUCUGCAUGUUUGAAUACAGUUCAUCUGAAUAAGAUCUACAUCAGCAUGAUCAGGGUUAUUGUGGCAUAAAUAUACUUUCUUGAUGUAUUAUUAAUUAAAGUUAUUUUAACUUUUAGAAAACCUGCAUGGGAGAACUAGUUCCAAAGUAUACAGGAGGCACUGUUUAAGUCCUUCAGUAUAAUUAUACAAUGAAAAGUUUAUAACUAAAUUAUAUGGAAUGGUAAAUAAAAAUGGUAUAUAUUGCA